AUGAGAGUUUACCUGUCCAUAAAGUAUGACUCAUUUUGUUUUCCCAACUUUCCUUGUGUUCCCGGCUUGAUUUUAUCCUUAUUCAAUCUCAUCUUCAGAUUUUUCAGUGGAAAAGGGUGCAUCUUCAAGCUGAGUGCCCUUCUUAGCAGCCUAUUAGCUUUGGUGUUUGCAAUAAUCAUUGCAAGCAGCCAAUGCUGGCGCCCAUGGAGAUUUGACAACAACAUUUUGCAAUUUGUGUCCUUUGGACUCUGGGAGGCUUAUUCCCCUCAAGAGCUUAAUGAAUCAGGGACUGUAACCAAGAUGCUGGUGCACACCACUACUGAUUCUACCAGGACCACUUCACCUGAGUUUCAGAUUGCACAGACCCUGAUAGUGUGGGCCAUUUUGAUGAAGCCUGUGGUUUUGAUUUUUGGUGUAGCUGCUAUUAAGAUCAGCUGCAUGAAAGAUCCAUUUGUGGAGAUGGCAACAUACUGCUACAAUGUUUCUGCCUCAGUUUUGUGUGUUAGCAGCCUGUUCACAUUGGUUUCUGUCAGCUGGAACCACUUUGUAGAUCAUUAUGGCCAAACCACUCUUGACUUUCCACCAUACUUUCCUGUUAAUGAAGAAGCAUUGAUAACCAAAUACUGCACUACUGUGCUGCCAUUAGGGGUUCUGACAGCUGCCAUCUCACUUUUCAGUGCAGUUAUCUUUCUUUCUGAGAUAAGCGUUUUGCAACUACAGAGUUGGAAGAAGGCCCAGCGUGCUUCCAUAGUGACCACUCAAGAGGCCUGA